AUGGACAAUGAAGAGGAUGCGUCAUGCUAUAUGGUCGAGGAGAAAGCGUUCGAAUACGACUACGAUGAGGGAUUUGACUGGGAGAAUAUGACUGCAUCACAAUGCAAUUGCUCACAUCCAUUGCACAAGUUUUUGGAGGUAUGCGCAACCAGAUGUAUCACUUUGCCAAACACACUGCUGUUUGGUCUUACAGAAGAAGAAUUAUUUGAAGCUGCAUUACCGGCACUUAUGUAUCUUAUCGUUUUUCUUGUUGGAACUGUAGGAAAUGCUAUGGUUAUUUUCGUUGUUAACCGCUUCAAGCGAAUGCGAAAUGUUACGAAUGUCUUCCUAGCCUCGCUCAGUACUGCCGAU